AUGCCGGCGAGUCCAUCUCCCGGACCGCGAGGCUAUUUCCCACCAGGACUGGUCAAAGACUCCGUUCCAACUCUCGCACUCGAGGAGUUGGUCAGGCCUACAGCUGCCGAGUUGAAGAUUGCGGCUGAAGGCCAUGGCGCAAAGACGGGCGCAAAGUCUUUGUGCGAAAUCGAGGUGAAAGAGGUCGCCUUCGAUAUGCAUGAUGAGAAAGUUCAGGAAGAUCUGGCAGAUCGCUUGAUCGCCUUCUUGGAUGAGGGUGAGUUCCUGCUGCUCGCGUCGGCCUUGACCACCAACGGGUACCCGCGGGAGCCCGGUGACAAGGAGUCGACGGAGUUCUGGCCAGGUUUCAAGGAUGCCCGCCCUCCAGCCCGCAUCAAAGUCCAGAAUCGCCCACUUGAUCGCACGAAUCCGGGGGCCAACUCUGCGCAGAACCUCUCCUUGGAGGAGCUCUUGGAUUUGAGCGCGUCGAACAACCCCAAGCCCAAGCCGAAUCGCAUGAUGCCUGCUGUACCUCAGUCAGGGCCCCCAGCGCCUCACGCACCAGCCCAAGCCCAGGGCGCCUCCGGGCGGGGCAACGCUGCGGAGGUGGAUAUGGCGCCGAAGCAGGCGAUGCACACGCAAGACCCCGCCGCGACGCAGCGCGCCGCUGCGCAGGAGGCCAAUAUGACGAUGCAGAUGAUGCAUGCGCCGGACUCCGCCGCUGCAGCGCAGGCCAAUAUGAUGCAGAUGCAGAUGAUGCAGAUGGUGGCGGACUCCGCCGCAGCGCAGGCCAAUAUGGUGCCGACGCAGAUGAUGCAUAUGCAAAACUCCGCUGCCGCCGCACAGGCCAAUAUGGUGCCCACGCAGAUGAUGCAGAUGCAAAACUCCGCGGCGCAGGCCAAUAUGAUGUCCACGCAGAUGAUGCAGAUGCAGCAGUCCGCCGCGUCGCAGGCUAACGUGGCGCCGACGCAAAUGAUGCAGAUGAACCACUCCGCCGUCGGAGCGCAGGCCAAUAUGCAGAUGAUGCAGAUGCAGCAACAAGUCGCCGCAGCACAGGAGGCCAACAUGGCGCAGAUGAUGCAGCUGCAACACUCCGCCGCCGCGCAAGAGAUGAUGCAGAUGCAGCACUCCGCCGCAGCGCAGGAGGCCAAUCUGGCGCAGAUGAUGCAGAUGCAAAACUCCGCCGCAGCGCAGGAGAUGAUGCAUCUGCAACACGCGCAGGAGGCCAAUAUGGCGCAGAUGAUGCAAAUGCAACACCCGCAGGAGGCCAAUAUGGCGCAGAUGCUGCAGAUGCAACACUCCCCCGCCACGCAGGAGGCCUGGCCCGGGCCUCUUGGAAGGCCAAGUUCCCCGGACUCCGCAACGAAGGAGGCGACGCCUCUGCCGGAGUCCGCCCCGGGCCUUGUCGCGCGGCAGGACUUCAAUCUGGACCCGACCUCUGCGACGCAGGAUGCUUUCAAGCUGCUGCGUCGUAUGGAAGAUGGCCAGGAGGAUUGGCUGCCGGAGUUCAUGUCGCUCUUGGGGCAGAUGCUGCCCUUGGCCAAGCGGAAGCUGGAAGGCUCGCUGGCCUCUGGCGCCAGUGAGGCUUCCAAGAUGGAAGACGAGGCCUCCCGAGGCCGCGACAGCGGGAACUCCGGCGCCUCGGAAAGGAAUGCGGAUGACGAGGAUGUAGAGGAUGCGGAUCCGGAGAGCGGUCCUAGGACGCAUAAAGCGAAGGACAUUACCUCGGUGCUCUUGAGAAACCUCCCUCUGGACUACAGCCAGCAGAAGGCCUUGGACCUCAUCGACGGACGGGGCUUCCGAGAUCUUUACGACUUGCUGCUCUGGUUCCCCUCCAAGAAGAACAGCCGUCGACAAACCUCCACCAUCUUCGUCAACUUCCGCUCGCCGGAGUUUGCGCAGAGAUUUUGGCAGGAGUUCCACUCCCAGCGUCGAGCGGAGGGCAAGUUGAACGUGUCCACGGCUUCGGUGCAGGGCUUUACGAACAACUUUGUCAAGUACUGGCAUCUCACUCAGAAGGAGGCCGGCAACAUUUGCCGGCCCUACUUCGCCAGGGACAUGCUGGAUCAGGUGACGCCAGAGACGAUGGUGCAAGCACGCAAGAUCCAGGACCAGCUCCGAAAUGAAGGCGCUCCGUGUGGACAGACACCACGCUGGUGA